CCAACCACUGGAUGUACUGUUAAGAAAUGGACUGAAUGACAUGUGGAUUCCCCUUACCUCCGAUACUACCCUCCGGCAAUUACUCAAACCAGAGAUUUGCUUCCAAUUUCUCAGAGCGCAGGACCGUGUUUGCCUUCAUUCAAAAUGCUUUCGAUUAGGACCCCGAGAUUCCCAUGGACACUUCGCAACAAGACAUGAUGCCCCUUUCGAACGUCGCCGAUCAAUCGGGCGAGGACGUAUUGGCCGCGUGGAUGAGGUCUUAAGUCUGAGUGACAGAAGAGUGUACGCAAGGAAGACUAUUCGGAAAGCCAGUGAUUUUGGUGAUAAUCGCGGCCGGGAUGACAUUGAGUCUUUCCGUUGUGAGGUGCAGGUCUUACGUCGCAUCAAGCAUCAACACUGUGUUCAAAUGGUCGGCAGUUACACAAAUCCACGCAAUCUUGCAAUAAUCAUGUCACCUGUCGCAGACUCGAACCUCAAAGAUUUUCUCCAGCUUGCCGAGACCUCCUCUGAGCCCCGCUAUGCUCUUCGAAUUCGAGAAUGGUUUGGCUGUCUCGCUACAGCGAUUCAAUACCUCCACAUGCACCACAUACGCCACAGAGAUAUUAAGCCUGCAAACAUAUUGGUUCACGGGGCGAAUGUUCUGUUGGUGGAUUUCGAACUUGCCCUCGAUUGGAAAGACCUAGGGCAAUCCACUACGAAUACAAAUCGUGGACGGACGCCACUAUAUGCAGCUCCUGAGGUGAUGCAAGAACUGGAAAGCAAUUCAACAUCUGAUAUAUGGUCUCUGGGAUGCGUGUUCCUAGAAAUGGUCACUGUCCUCAAGGGCAAAUUUAUCACAGUUGCGAGAGUAUUUCAACUCUCGGACGAAAAGUGCCCUCUUCUCCAACAACCCCAAAGGUAUCGAUGA